AUGGAAAGCGGGAGAAUGGACGUGGACGUGGACAUGAACGUGGACGUGGACAUGGACGUGGACGUGGACAUGGGCGUGGACAUGGAUAUGGACCUGGACGUGGACGUGGACAUGGACGUGGACGUGGACGUGGACCUGGACGUGGAUGUGGACAUGGACGUGGACGUGGACAUGGACGUGGACGUGGACGUGGACCUGGACGUGGAUGUGGACGUGGACGUGGACGUGGACGUGGACUUGGACAUGGACGUGGACGUGGACAUGGACGUGGACGUGGACGUGGACGUGGACGUGGACGUAGAAAUGGACGUGGACGUGGACGUGGACAUGGACGUGGACGUGGACGUGGACGUGGACGUGGACAUGGACGUGGACGUGGACGAGGACAUGGACGUGGACGUGGACGUGGACGUGGACGUGGACAUGGACGUGGACGUGGACGUGGACCUGGACCUGGACGUGGACGUGGACCUGGACGUGGACGUGGACGUGGACGUGGACGUGGACGUGGAGGUGGACGUGGAGGUGGACGUGGACGUGGACGUGGACGUGGACGUGGACGUGGACGUGGAGGUGGAUGUGGACGUGGAGGUGGACGUGGACGUGGACGUUGAUGUGGACGUGGACGUGGAGGUGGACGUGGACGUGGACGUGGACGUGGACGUGGACGUGGACGUGGACGUGGACGUGGACGUGGACGUGGACGUGGAGGUGGACGUGGACGUGGACGUGGACGUGGAGGUGGAGGUGGAGGUGGACGUGGAUGUGGACGUGGACGUGGACAUGGACGUGGACAUGGUCAUAGACGUGGACAUGGACGUGGAAGUGGACGUGGACGUGGACCUGGACGUGAACGUGGACGUGGACGUGAACGUGGACGUGGACGUGGACGUGGACCUGGACGUGGACGUGGACAUGGAGGUGGACAUGGAGGUGGACGUGGACGUGGACGUGGACGUGGACGUGGACGUGGACGUGGACGUGGACGUGGACAUGGACGUGGACAUGGACGUGGACGUGGACGUGGACGUGGACGUGGACAUGGGCGUGGACGUGGACGUGGACGUGGACAUGGACGUGGACGUGGACAUGGACGUGGACGUGGACAUGGGCGUGGACAUGGACGUGGACGUGGACGUGGACAUGGGCGUGGACAUGGACGUGGACGUGGACGUGGACGUGGGCGUGGACAUGGACGUGGACGUGGACGUGGACGCGGACGUGGACAUGGGCGUGGACGUGGACGUGGACGUGGACAUGGACAUGGACGUAGACUUGGACAUGGACGUGGACAUGGACGCGGACGUGGACGCGGACGUGGUCGUGGACGUGGACGUGGACGGGGACGCGGACAUGGUCGUGGAAGUGGACGUGGACAUGGACCUGGACGUGGACGUGGACGUGGACAUGGACGUGGACGUGGACGUGGACGUGGACGUGGACAUGGACGUGGACGUGGAUAUGGACGUGGACAUGAUCAUAGACGUGGACGAGGACGUGGACCUGGACGUGAACGUGGACGUGGACGUGAACGUGGACGUGGACGUGGACAUGGACGUGGACGUGGACAUGGACAUGGAGGUGGACGUGGACAUGGACGUGGACGUGGACGUGGACAUGGACGUGGACGUGGACAUGGACGUGGACGUGGACAUGGGCGUGGACAUAGACGUGGACGUGGACGUGGACGUGGACAUGGACAUGAACAUGGACGUGGACGUGGACGUGGACGUGGACAUGGGCGUGGACAUGGACGUGGACGUGGACGUGGACAUGGGCGUGGACAUGGACAUGGACGUGGACGUGGACAUGGACGUGGACGUGGGCGUGGACGUGGACAUGGACGUGAACGUGGACGUGGACGUGGAUAUGGACGUGGACGUGGACAUGGACGUGGACGUGGACAUGGGCGUGGACAUGGACGUGGACGUGGACGUGGACGUGGACAUGGACAUGGACAUGGACGUGGACGUGGACAUGGGCGUGGACAUGGACGUGGACGUGUACGUGGACAUGGGCGUGGACAUGGACGUGGACGUGGACGUGGACAUGGACAUGGACGUGGACAUGGACGUGGACAUGGACGUGGACAUGGACAUGGACGUGGACAUGGACAUGGACGUGGACAUGGACGCGGACGUGGACGCGGACGUGGUCGUGGACAUGGACGCGGACGUGGACGUGGACGUGGACAUGGACGUGGAAGUGGACGUUGACAUGGACCUGGACGUGGACGUGGACGUGGACAUGGACGUGGACGUGGACGUGGACGUGGACAUGGACGUGGACAUGGUCAUAGACGUGGACAUGGACGUGGACAUGGACGUGGACGUGGACCUGGACGUGAUCGUGGACGUGGACGUGGACGUGGACAUGGACGUGGACGUGAACUUGGACGUGGUCAUGGACGUGGACGUGGACGUGGACGUAGACGAGGACCUUGGCGUGGACAUGGACGUGGACGUGGACGUGGACAUGGACGUGGACGUGAACGUGGACGUGGACAUGGACGUGGACAUGGACGUGGAUAUGGACGUGGACGUGGACAUGGACGUGGACGUGGACGUGGACAUGGACGUGGACGUGGACGUGGAUGUGGUCGUGGUCGACGUGGAGGUGGACGUGGACGUGGUCAUGGACGUGGAGGACUUGGACGUGGACAUGAACGUGGACGUGGACGUGGUCGUGGACGUGGACGUGGUCCUGGUCGUGGACGUGGUCGUAGACGUGGACGUUGUCGUCCACGACAUGGACUUGGACGUGGACGUGGACGUGGUCGUGGACGUGGACGUGAUCAUGGAGGUGGUUGUGGUCGUGGACGUAGACGUGGUCGUGGACGUGGACGUGGACGUGGAGGACGUGGACGUGGACGUGGAGGACGUGGACGUGGACGUGGAUGUGGACGUUGACGUGGACGUUGACGUGGACGUGGACGUGGAGGAGGUGGACGUUGAGGACUUGGACGUGGACGUGAACGUGGACGUGGACAUGGACGUGGACGUGGACGUGGACGUGGACAUGGACGUGGACAUGGACGUGGACGUGGACGUGGACGUAGACAUGGACGUGGACGUGGAAGUGGACGUGGACGUGGACGUGGAUGUGGACGUGGACGUGGACAUGGACGUGGACAUGGACGUGGACGUGGACGUGGACGUGGACAUGGACGUGGACGUGGACGUGUACGUGGACGUGGACAGGGACGUGGACGUGGACGUGGAGGACUUGGACGUGGACAUGGACGUGGACAUGGACGUGGAGGACUUGGACGUGGACAUGGACGUGGACGUAGACGUGGACGUGGACGUGGACGUGGACAUGGACGUGGACAUGGACGUGGACGUGGACAUGGACGUGGACAUGGACGUGGACGUGGACGUGGACAUGGACGUGGACGUGGACGUAGACGUGGACAUGGACGUGGACAUAGACGUGGACGUGGACGUGGACGUGGACAUUGACGUGGACGUGGACAUUGACGUGGACGUGGACGUAGACGUGGACAUGGACGUGGACAUGGACGUGGACAUGGACGUAGACAUGAACGUGGACGUGGACAUGGACGUGGAUGUGGACAUGGACAUGGACGUGGACGUGGACGUGGACCUGGACGUGGACGUGGACGUGGACAUGGUCGUCGACGUGGACGUGGACGUGGACAUGGACGUGGACGUGGACAUGGACGUGGACGUGGACGUGGACGUUGACGUGGACGUGGACGUGGACGUGGACGUGGACGUGGAGGUGGACGUGGACUUGGACGUGGACGUGGACGUGGACAUGGACGUGGACGUGGACGUGGACGUGGAGGUGGACGUGGACGUGGACGUGGACGUGGACGUGGAAGUGGACGUGGACGUGGACGUGGACGUGGACAUGGACAUGGACGUGGACGUGGACGUGGACUUGGACUUGAACGUGGACGUGGACGUGGACGUGGACACGGACGUGGAGGUGGACGUAGACGUGGACGUGGACGUGGACCUGGACGUAGAAGUGGACGUGGACAUGGACGUGGAAGUGGACGUGGACGUGGACGUGGAGGACUUGGACGUGGACAUGGACGUGGACGUAGACGUGGACUUGGACGUGAACGUGGACGUGGACGUGGACGUUGACACGGACGUGGAGGUGGACAAGGACUUGGACGUGGACGUGGACGUGGACCUGGACGUAGAAGUGGACCUAGACGAGGACGUGGACGUGGACGUGGACGUGGAGGACUUGGACGUUGACAUGGACGUGGACGUGGACGUGGACGUGGACAUGGACGUGGACGUGGACGUGGACGUGGACAUGGACAUGGACAUGGACGUGGAGGUGGAGGUGGACGUGGACGUGGACGUGGACGUGGACGUGGACGUGGACGUGGACGUGGAGGUGGAUGUGGACGUGGAGGUGGACGUGGACGUGGACGUUGACGUGGACGUGGACGUGGAGGUGGACGUGGACGUUGACGUGGACGUGGAGGUGGACGUGGACGUGGACGUGGACGUGGAGGUGGACGUGGACGUGGACGUGGACGUGGAGGUGGAGGUGGGCGUGGACGUGGAUGUGGACGUGGACGUAGACAUGGACGUGGACAUGGUCAUAGACGUGGACAUGGACGUGGAAGUGGACGUGGACGUGGACCUGGACGUGGACGUAGACGUGGACGUGGACAUGGACGUGGACGUGGACGUGGACGUGGACAUGGACGUGGACAUGGACGUGGACAUGGACGUGGACGUGGAGGUGGACGUGGACGUGGACGUGGAGGUGGACGUGGACGUGGACGUGGACGUGGACGUGGAAGUGGACGUGGACGUGGACGUGGACGUGGACAUGGACAUGGACGUGGACGUGGACGUGGACUUGGACUUGAACGUGGACGUGGACGUGGACGUGGACACGGACGUGGAGGUGGACGUGGACGUGGACGUGGACGUGGACGUGGACCUGGACGUAGAAGUGGACGUGGACAUGGACGUGGAAGUGGACGUGGACGUGGACGUGGAGGACUUGGACGUGGACAUGGACGUGGACGUAGACGUGGACUUGGACGUGAACGUGGACGUGGACGUGGACGUUGACACGGACGUGGAGGUGGACAAGGACUUGGACGUGGACGUGGACGUGGACCUGGACGUAGAAGUGGACCUAGACGAGGACGUGGACGUGGACGUGGACGUGGACGUGGAGGACUUGGACGUUGACAUGGACGUGGACGUGGACGUGGACGUGGACAUGGACGUGGACGUGGACGUGGACGUGGACAUGGACAUGGACAUGGACGUGGAGGUGGACGUGGACGUGGACGUGGACGUGGACGUGGACGUGGACGUAGAGGUGGAUGUGGACGUGGAGGUGGACGUCGACGUGGACGUUGACGUGGACGUGGACGUGGAGGUGGACGUGGACGUUGACGUGGACGUGGAGGUGGACGUGGACGUGGACGUGGACGUGGACGUGGACGUGGAGGUGGACGUGGACGUGGACGUGGAGGUGGAGGUGGACGUGGACGUGGAUGUGGACGUGGACGUGGACAUGGACGUGGACAUGGUCAUAGACGUGGACAUGGACGUGGAAGUGGACGUGGACGUGGACCUGGACGUGAACGUGGACGUGGACGUGAACGUGGACGUGGACGUGGACGUGGACCUGGACGUGGACGUCGACAUGGAGGUGGACAUGGAGGUGGACGUGGACGUGGACGUGGACGUGGACGUGGACGUGGACAUGGACGUGGACAUGGACGUGGACGUGGACGUGGACGUGGACAUGGGCGUGGACGUGGACGUGGACGUGGACGUGGACAUGGACGUGGACGUGGACAUGGACGUGGACGUGGACGUGGACAUGGGCGUGGACAUGGACGUGGACGUGGACGUGGACGUGGACAUGGGCGUGGACAUGGACGUGGACGUGGACGUGGACGUGGGCGUGGACAUGGACGUGGACGUGGACGUGGACGCGGACGUGGACAUGGGCGUGGACGUGGACGUGGACGUGGACAUGGACAUGGACAUUGACGCGGACGUGGACGCUGGAAGUGGACACGUGGACGAGGACGUGGACCUGGACGUGAACGUGGACGUGGACGUGAACGUGGACGUGGACGUGGACAUGGACGUGGACGUGGACAUGAACAUGGAGGUGGACGUGGACAUGGACGUGGACGUGGACGUGGACAUGGACGUGGACGUGGACAUGGACGUGGACGUGGACAUGGGCGUGGACAUGGACGUGGACGUGGACGUGGACGUGGACAUGGACAUGAACAUGGACGUGGACGUGGACGUGGACAUGGGCGUGGACAUGGACGUGGACGUGGACGUGGACAUGGGCGUGGACAUGGACAUGGACGUGGACGUGGACACGGACGUGGACGUGGGCGUGGACGUGGACAUGGACGUGAACGUGGACGUGGACGUGGACAUGGACGUGGACGUGGACAUGGACGUGGACGUGGACGUGGACAUGGGCGUGGACAUGGACGUGGACGUGGACGUGGACAUGGACAUGGACAUGGACAUGGACGUGGACGUGGACGUGGACAUGGGCGUGGACAUGGACGUGGACGUGUACGUGGACAUGGGCGUGGACAUGGACGUGGACGUGGACGUGGACAUGGACAUGGACGUGGACAUGGACGUGGACAUGGACGUGGACAUGGACAUGGACGUGGACAUGGACAUGGACGUGGACAUGGACGCGGACGUGGACGCGGACGUGGUCGUGGACAUGGACGCGGACGUGGACGUGGACGUGGACAUGGACGUGGAAGUGGACGUUGACAUGGACCUGGACGUGGACAUGGACGUGGACAUGGACGUGGACGUGGACGUGGACGUGGACGUGGACAUGGACGUGGACAUGGUCAUAGACGUGGACAUGGACGUGGACAUGGACGUGGACGUGGACCUGGACGUGAACGUGGACGUGGACGUGGACGUGGACAUGGACGUGGACGUGAACUUGGACGUGGUCAUGGACGUGGACGUGGACGUGGACGUGGACGAGGACCUUGGCGUGGACAUGGACGUGGACGUGGACGUGGACAUGGACGUGGACGUGAACGUGGACGUGGACAUGGACGUGGACAUGGACGUGGAUAUGGACGUGGACGUGGACAUGGACGUGGACGUGGACGUGGACAUGGACGUGGACGUGGUCGUGGUCGACGUGGAGGUGGACGUGGACGUGGUCAUGGACGUGGAGGACUUGGACGUGGACAUGAACGUGGACGUGGACGUGGUCGUGGACGUGGACGUGGUCCUGGUUGUGGACGUGGUCGUAGACGUGGACGUUGUCGUCCACGACAUGGACUUAGACGUGGACGUGGACGUGGUCGUGGACGUGGACGUGAUCAUGGAGGUGGUUGUGGUCGUGGACGUAGACGUGGUCGUGGACGUGGACGUGGACGUGGAGGACGUGGACGUGGACGUGGAGGACGUGGACGUGGACGUGGAUGUGGACGUUGACGUGGACGUUGACGUGGACGUGGACGUGGAGGAGGUGGACGUUGAGGACUUGGACGUGGACGUGAACGUGGACAUGGACAUGGACGUGGACGUGGACGUGGACAUCGACAUGGACGUGGACAUGGACGUGGACGUGGACGUGGACGUAGACAUGGACGUGGACGUGGAAGUGGACGUGGACGUGGACGUGGAUGUGGACGUGGACGUGGACAUGGACGUGGACAUGGACGUGGACGUGGACGUGGACGUGGACAUGGACGUGGACGUGGACGUGUACGUGGACGUGGACAAGGACGUGGACGUGGACGUGGAGGACUUGGACGUGGACAUGGACGUGGACGUGGACUUGGAGGACUUGGACGUGGACAUGGACGUGGACGUAGACGUGGACGUGGACGUGGACGUGGACAUGGACGUGGACAUGGACGUGGACGUGGACAUGGACGUGGACAUGGACGUGGACGUGGACGUGGACAUGGACGUGGACGUGGACGUAGACGUGGACAUGGACGUGGACAUAGACGUGGACGUGGACGUGGACGUGGACGUGGACAUUGACGUGGACGUGGACGUAGACGUGGACGUGGACAUGGACGUGAACAUGCACGUGGACGUGGAGGUGGACGUGGACCUGGAGGACUUGGACGUCGACAUGGACGUAGACGUAGACGUGGACGUGGUAGUGGACGAAGACAUGGUCGUGGACGUGGACAUGGACGUAGACGUGGACGUGGAUGUGGUCGUGGACGUGGACGUGGACGUGGACGUGGACGUGGACGUGGUCGUGGACGUGGACGAGCACGUGGACGUGGACGUGGACGUGGACGUGGACGUGGACAUGGACGUGGACGUGGACGUGAACGUAGACGUGGACGUGGACGUGGUCGUGGACGUGGACCUGGACGUAGACGUGGACAUGGACGUGGACGUGGACGUGGACGUGGACGUGGACAUGGACGUGGACGUGGACCUGGACCUGGACGUGGACGUGGACGUGGACGUGGUGGUGGACAUGGACGUGGACGUGGACGUGGACUUGGACGUGGACGUGGACGUGGACAUGGACAUGGACGUGGACGUGGACGUGGACGUGGACGAAGACGUGGUCGUGGACGUGGACGUGGACGUGGACGUGGACAUAGACGUAGACGUGGACGUGGACAUGGACAUGGACGUGGACGUGGACGUGGACAUGGACGUGGACGUGGACGUGGACGUGGACAUGGACGUGGACGUGGACGUGGAGGUGGAGGACGUGGACAUGGACGUGGACGUGGACGUGGAGGUGGACGUGGACGUGGACGUGGACGUGGACGAGGACGUGGACAUGCACGUGGACGACGAUGUCGACGUGGACGUGGACGUCGACAUGGUCGUGGACGUGGACGUGGACAUGGACGUGGACGUGGACGUGGACCUGGACGUGGACGAGGACGUGGACGUGGACGUGGACAUGGACGUGGACGUGGACGUGUACGUGGACAUGGACGUAGACGUGGACGUGGACGUGGACGUGGACAUGGACGUGGACGUGGACGUGGACGUGGACGUAGACAUGGACGUGGACGUGGACGUGGACGUGGACAUGGACGUGGUGGAGGACUAG